ACAGAAACAAUAGCACCAUGAGAAGCGACCGGCUGCUCCUGCUUUUCUUCCUUCUUUGGAGUCUUUGUUCAUUAGGAGACGCACGUGCUCAGUCAUUGCAGGCAGAAGCAAAAGCACUUCUCAAGUGGAGAGACAGUCUCCAAGACGCCCACGUGCUGAAUUCCUCUUGGUCAUUCCUCAAAUCCAGAUAUGGCGCUCCCUGCCAGUGGGACGGGAUACAGUGCAGCAGCGAUAAAACGAGUGUCGUCAAGAUAAGUCUUCAAAAUAAAGGUCUUCGAGGUACACUCAACUAUUUCGACUUCGCUGCCUUCCCUAAUCUUGCACAUUUCGAUCUCAGAGGUAACAAUCUCAAUGGAAGCAUUCCUGAUGGUAUAGGCAACCUCUCCAAACUUACCUUCCUAGAUUUAUCGGUGAACCAGUUUUCUGGCAGCUUACCCGUUACUAUGGCCAAUGUUACUCAAAUUUCUGAGUUCUGGAUAUCAGACAACUUUAUUGAUGGAGAGCUAAUACCGAGCUUUUUCACCAAUUGGAGGAACCUUACUCGUCUUGUGCUUUUUGGCAACAAACUAACCGGCAACAUCCCUCUAGAAAUAGGCCAGUUGGAGAAGCUGACACGCUUGGAUCUAGCUCAUAAUCUUUUCCAAGGACCAAUCCCAUCUUCCAUAGGCAACAUGUCUAGCCUUACAAGUUUAAACCUCUCAGUGAAUAAUCUAUUCGGACGUGUCCCUUCAGAAAUGGGGAAACUUAGCAGCCUGGUCGAGUUAAGCCUUUACUCAAACCAACUCACAGGUUCAAUGCCUAAGGCGCUAGGGAAUUUGUCUGGCUUGUCUCACAUGAUCAUCCUUCAAAAUAAGUUGUCUGGUGAGAUCCCUUCUGAGAUUGGAAAUCUCAUGAAACUCACCGAUUUGGACCUAACCGACAACUCCUUUCUUGGAUCCAUACCACCUGAAAUAGGAAAGCUUAAGAACCUUGUUUCUAUAAAAUUGUCAUUCAACUCCCUCGCAGGACCUCUCCCUACUUCUAUUGGACAAUUAUCUAGUCUAGUGAAUCUAAUCAUCAAUGACAACCAUCUUACUGGAACUAUUCCACAGACGAUAGGAGAGCUCACAAAUCUCGACUUCUUGGACCUUGAUACCAACUCACUUACAGGUUCCAUUCCAGUGCAGAUUGGAAACCUGUCCAGUCUGCAGCAUUUGUUCCUUGGAGUAAAUUUGCUGACUGGGACCAUUCCACAAGAGUUAUGGAAGCUCAGUGCGCUCAUUGAAUUGGAUUUAGCGUCUAACUUUCUUCCAGGUUUGGUCCCUCCUUCAAUAGGUAACCUGUCUAAUCUUUACUUCUUGAACUUGAGCAAUAAUAGCCUCUUCGGCACUCUACCUCCACAAAUGAGUAAUCUGACAAGUCUAGGCCAGUUGUUCCUUUCAGCGAAUAAUCUCUUCGGUUCUUUACCAUCAAUAAUAUGUAAGGGUGGCAUGCCCUUCGUCUUUUCUGCUUCCAACAACCAUUUCACUGGAUCAAUACCAGAAAGCUUGAGGAAUUGUACAAGCUUAUACAAACUCACUUUAAGUGGGAACCAACUUAGUGGUAACAUUUCAGAGGCAUUUGGAUCAUAUCCGAACCUGUUGCGCAUUGACAUAAGCAACAAUCAACUAACAGGAGAGCUCUCGCCGAGCUGGAGUGGAUGUCACAGUCUUCAACGGUUGGAUUUCUCUAAUAACGACAUUAUCGGCAAGAUUCCAGGUUCAAUUUCUCAACUGGCACGAUUGGGGCUAAUAAAUAUUUCUACCAAUUACAUAACAGGAGAGAUUCCAAGAGGAAUAGGGGAACUUUCGUUCUUGCAAUAUAUAGAUAUGAGUAACAAUCAUAUUUCAGGUGGCAUACCAUCAGAGAUUGGAAUGUUAAAAAAUUUGCAGCAUUUGGAUUUGUCAUCAAACAAACUUAGCGGACCAAUACCUGAAGAGCUUGGGAAUUCUACUACGUUGAUUCGAUUGAAGCUGAGUAACAAUACCUUGAACGGAAAAAUUCCUUCUCAGUUGGGGAACUUGGCAGGACUAUCUAUGCUGCUAGAUCUUAGCCGUAACGUGCUAACAGGGACAAUACCAGACCAACUUGGGAAGUUAAUUCAUUUGGAGAUGCUCAAUCUUUCCCAUAACAAGCUCAUUGUCUCCAAGGUCCUCUCCCAAACAACGCUGCCUUCCUGA